AUGAGUGAAUCAAAGAAGUGCAGUAUAAAUAAAUUAUGGUUUGAAAAAAUUGAUAGUGGUGGUUUCAAAAUCGGCGAAUGGGCAAGAUUAUGUGAAAAAACAACAAACAUAUUGUGUAUUGUUUGUGCUUGCACAAUCAACUGUGAUAACAAAGGUUUUCAGUCUCUGACUCAGCAUGCAAGUACAAAAAAACAUAAAUCCCAAUGUAUAGAUAAAUUGGGUAUUAAGCAAUUACAUUUGUGUGGUAGUGUAGCAAAACAAACUAACACUGAUGCUAUUGAAAAUAGUGUCACUGAGAAAAACACUAAAACGUCAUUACAUACAUUGGGCAUUAAAAUGUAUUGUAAAAAUGAGCAGGCAAUUAAAGCAGAAAUUAUUUGGACAAUAAAAAGUGUAAUUUGUAACAUGUCUGCUACUUCAUGUGAUGGUUUAAGUGAAAUAUUUAAAUCUAUGUUUCCAGACUCUUUUCCUGAUCAGUUCAGUCUUGGGCGUUCUAAGAUGUCAUACUUAAUAUCUGAUUCUUUAGGACCAUAUUUUAAAUCUAUUGUUAUAGAUGAUAUUCACAAUUCAUACUAUACAAUGUUGUACGACGAGACCACGAAUGCGGAAGGGAAAAAAGAACUGCAGGUGGCUAUUCGUUAUUGGAGUAAGAAUAAAAAUGAAAUAAUUGUGGUGCAUUUAGAAACUUUUUUCAUAACUUCCGUUACUGCAGAAAAAAUUAUCAAGUAUUUAAUGAUAGCUUUGGAUAAUGCAGAUCUGCCAAAAGAAAAGCUAAGUAGCUAG